GAACUAGCUGAGACUGGCUGAGCGCUCCCUACCAGCUACUUCCCUGUAAGGAAACCAAACUGCGCAACAAGCAGACUGGUGUGCCACUGUGAUUUAACAGGACCUGUAGAGGUGUCCAUUUCAAUUGCAGGAACGGAGCUGUGUAACCAAGAGUGGCCAGCAUGUCAGUGACUGUGACCAAAGGUGGAGGGGUGACUGUAUUUACUGUGAACUCUAAAGAAGGAAGCAGUUGGCCCCUGCUGUGUCAAAUACUUGGGACCUUGUGCUACAGCCCAUCAUGCUUUGUGUCCCAGGCACUGAGGAGGCUCCAAACAAGUUCCCAGACAGCUCUGGGGACUAUACAGAUCAUGGUGGGAGUUCUCAACAUUGGUUUGGGAGCAAUCCUUGUUAGCACGGAUUAUUCUAGCUCACUGCGAUGGAUUGGGGUUCCUUAUUGGCUUGGUGGUGUGUUUAUAGCAGUUGGCAUCAUGUGUAUCUUGGCUGAGAAGUUCCCCAGUCCCUGCUUGGUGGGCAUCAGUGUGUUGAUGAACCUGUCAGGUGCUGCUCUGGCCAUUACUGGAAUUGUGCUGUAUGCUAUAGACCUGGCACACUACAAAUUCUGGUGGAUUUGCAAUGAUGACAACUACAACUGGCGAGAUGACUACUAUGGCGGCCAGGUGACAAAACCACCCAGUGAUCCGGAGAGGGAUAGACUCUUGACGAAAUGCAAAGAUGCCAAGCAGAUUGCGCAGAUGUUGAUGAAUGCCUUGGACAUCGUGCUCAUCGUCCUUGCAGUCCUUCAGCUUUGUGUCACCAUAAGCUCUGCGUUGUUGGGUAUCAAGGCUUUGUACAAGAAUGGAAAGGAGGGAAAAGAGAACAUCCGGGACCUGGAGCAGUAUAAGCCUCUGCUGGAGGAGGUCACGACUAACCCUGCAGCUUAAAGAGCACUGAUCUGAUCUACUUUAUUGACCAGAACUGAAAGGACAGUUAUAAAGGGGACUAUAUCAAGUUAAUCAAUGAAUUGACUGUUGUAUAUUCAUUUUUUUUCUGCAUUUUGAUAAUUUCUUACUGUAUCUUUUAUUCUGUUGUCCCCCCCCCCUCAAAAAAAAUAAACAAACUUUCUUAGCUCAA